AUGGAUGAAGUAACAGUAUGUAAGAUUCCUAGGAGUAGUAAUAUUAAUGAAGAUAAUAAUACAAAUGAUUACUUUUGGAUAUUGGAAUCAACAAGAAAUAUAACAUCCUUAAAUGAUUUAUCGGAUAUUUUAAUAAGAAGUUUAUCUGAAAGAUGUGAUGUUAAAGAUAAAGAGCAAUACAAAAGAAAGAUAGGAUUAAUUUUCAGUAAAUUAGAAGAUAUGGACUUGAAGCAUAAAGAUUCUUCUUAUAAGUCUUGUAUAGUAGAUUCAACAAAUAAAAAAAGUGAACAAAGUGAGAAUAGUGAGUUGUCACAUUUAAAACCAACUGGAUUAGGUGGGAAACCUUUUAAUGAGAUAAAGUAUGAUAAGUCAGAUAGAUUAUGUGAAGAAUUAGAUGAGCAGACUAAGAAUAGACUCAUGCAACAGCUUGAUGACUUAUUAGUAUCAUGUGUAGAUUGUGCAAUUGAAAUAGAUUGCCUAGGGGAAUUGAACUCACCUGCAAACACUAAGGAACCGAACUCUAAAUUGCAUUAUUUGACAAGUAAAAUAGGUAACGACUUAGUUAAGAUAUUACUAGACAAGGGAAUAAAAGGAAGAAUUCUUUAG